CUCUGAACGCACCAUUCAACUGUCAGCUGGAGACCGGACAAGCGAUUUAAAAGAAUUACAAUGCCAAGGUAAAAUACAUUUCGACGUCUCACUCUCUCUUCAUGCACUAAAAGCUUUAAAAUCCGAAGCAAUUUCCCCGGAAUCACAUUAAAGGUCGACACCAAGUAGGGGAAGAGCUGGAGUCAGAGUUUGCUUCACUUGAGACGUCGACAAACAACCUGCUGUCCCUUCCUCCAAGGUGCCUUUCAAUAUGCCGCCUCUAAAAUCGCACAGUGUACAGUAAACCAGAGGAUAGUCACGGACAUUACGCUCUGCAUCAGCUCACUUUGAAGCAAACCCCAUCUCGCACUCUUGGACCGCUGCUGCAACCUGGUGCAGUCAUGCAUCUGGAGGUCAAGGUUGCCCUUAACUUCAUCGUGUCCUAUUUGUACAAUAAGCUACCUCGGCGUCGGGCCGACCUCUUCGGAGAGGAGCUGGAGCGGAUCCUGGUGUCGCGGUUCGAGGGUCACUGGUAUCCCGAAGCCCCCCUUCGAGGCUCUGCGUUCCGCUGCCUGCACUUGGGAGCCCCGAGAGACCCCGUUGUGGAGCUGGCCGCCAAAAGAAGCGGGUUAGAUACGGAGGAGGUUCGGUCAAAUGUCCCAGCGGAACUCAGCGUGUGGAUCGACCCUUAUGAGGUGUCUUAUCAGAUUGGAGAAAAGGGGGCGGUGAAGGUGCUUUACCUGGAGGACCCGCCGGGCCUGAGUUGCGAUGGGGAGCGACUCGAGGGGGUGAUGAGAGAUGUUAAAGGAGACGCCGAGUUGGAGGAAGCCAAGAGUCUGUGCUUCAAUCCGGACGCUCAGGUGUUCGUUCCCAUCGGAAGCCAGCUAUCUCCUUCCCCCACGCCGACAUCAGUCCAUCCCGUCCCCUCUCUUUUCAACUACCCCACCUCCAGCUCACCCGCCGAACCCACGUCUCACUCCUCCAACACGUCCAGCCCUUCUCCACCUUACCCCAGCGCUCAGCCGCCCUCUUCCUCUCUCCCCGCUGCCCGCCCUCAACCCAUCACCUUCACCACCGCCGCUUUCGCCGCCACCAAGUUCGGCUCCACCAAAAUGAAAAAGUGCAGCGCGGCGGGGUCGACGGGCGCAUCUAGCGUGGCUGUAGGUGUCCCUCCCGUCCAGAGGAUGCUCUCCCACUCCCCUACCGCCAUCUUGGCUCCGGAGAUGCUGAAGCACAAGUCGCUCUCUCUCUCCAUGCACUCGCUUGUGGGUCCCAUCCCCAGCCAGCUCUCCCCCAACGCCAAAGAGUUUGUCUACCCAGGAUCGCAGAGCCCCCAUUACUUCGACGCCGACCCUCAGCCCUUGCAAGCUCACGCCGGACGAUUCCAGCCGUCCUUUGACCCUUUCACCAGCCCUCCGCCUUCCCAAAGUGUGGGCAUCGUGGGCACCAACGGCGAGAUCUCCUACAUGGAAAAACCUCAAUUCGUCGAGGGUUUAGGGAGCUACAACCUGCAAUAUCCGAGCCAGUCCUUCCAGCCUGUCGUGUUGGCCAACUAAGCCUUUAUUUGUCAAGAACUGGCUCCGGGAGCUCCGAACAUAAUCAUUUAUUUCUAAGAAAAAUGUCCUAAGAAUAAUGCAAGCUAACACUUAGUUUUCCUACAGAGAUUCAAACAUGUAGCUUGACUACAGAAAUGUAAAGAUGCAGUCCUAUUAACUCAUUCAGUGCCAUUGACGGCAAUAGACGUCCAUCCUUUUGCAUUAGGAUUGGUUGGCAGUGAUCGUUGCAUUAAAUUUGAAUUUUGUGUAAAAUUUUAAUUAGAGCAUAAUACAAUGAAAUAGUCUCAGUUCUAUCAGAGUUAAAACUUUGACUGUGAUUAAAGUUGAAGUUUUAGCUUUGACAUCUGUAGUAAUGAUGAUUCAUUUUCUUGAGAUUUUGUGAAACACCGAACAAAACUCGGAGUUUAGGCAUUAAAUCUGGGACUAACUUUGACAUCAGUAGAAACAAUUACUUUUCUUCAACUUUAAAUUUUGCGUAAAACCGACAACAAAAAUCAUUAGUCAAGCCUCAGUUAGUUUUAGCUUUGACAGCUGUAGUAAUGAUGAUUCAUUUUCUUGAGAUUUUGUGAAACACCGAACAAAACUCAGAGUUUAGGCAUUAAAUCUGGGAUUAACUUUGACAUCAGUAGAAACGAUUACUUUUCUUCAACUUUAAAUUUUGCGUAAAACCAACAACAACAAAAGUUUUAGCUUUGACAUCCGUAGUAAUCAUGAUUCAUUUUCUUCAGAUUUUGUGAAACACCGAACAAAACUCGGAGUUUAGGCAUUACAUCUGGGAUUAACUUUGACAUAAGUAGAAACGAUUACUUUUCUUCAACUUUAAAUUUUGCGUAAAACCGACAACAAAAAUCAUUAGUCAAGCCUAAGUUAGUUUUAGCUUUGACAUCUGUAGUAAUGAUGAUUCAUUUUCUUGAGAUUUUGUGAAACACCGAACAAAACUCGGAGUUUAGGCAUUACAUCUGGGAUUAACUUUGACAUAAGUAGAAACGAUUACUUUUCUUCAACUUUAAAUUUUGCGUAAAACCAACAACAACAAAAGUUUUAGCUUUGACAUCCGUAGUAAUCAUGAUUCAUUUUCUUCAGAUUUUGUGAAACACUGAACAAAACUCGGAGUUUAGGCAUUAAAUCUGGGACUAACUUUGACAUUAGUAGAAACAAUUACUUUUCUUCAACUUUAAAUUUUGCGUAAAACCGACAACAAAAAUCAUUAGUCAAGCCUCAGUUAGUUUUAGCUUUGACAGCUGUAGUAAUGAUGAUUCAUUUUCUUCAGAUUUUGUGAAACACCGAACAAAACUCGGAGUUUAGGCAUUACAUCUGGGAUUAACUUUGACAUAAAUAGAAACGAUUACUUUUCUUCAACUUUAAAUUUUGCGUAAAACCGACAACAAAAAUCAUUAGUCAAGCCUCAGUUAGUUUUAGCUUUGACAGCUGUAGUAAUGAUGAUUCAUUUUCUUCAGAUUUUGUGAAACACCGAACAAAACUCGGAGUUUAGGCAUUACAUCUGGGAUUAACUUUGACAUAAGUAGAAACGAUUACUUUUCUUCAACUUUAAAUUUUGCGUAAAACCGACAACAAAAAUCAUUAGUCAAGCCUAAGUUAGUUUUAGCUUUGACAUCUGUAGUAAUGAUGAUUCAUUUUCUUGAGAUUUUGUGAAACACCGAACAAAACUCGGAGUUUAGGCAUUACAUCUGGGAUUAACUUUGACAUAAGUAGAAACGAUUACUUUUCUUCAACUUUAAAUUUUGCGUAAAACCAACAACAACAAAAGUUUUAGCUUUGACAUCCGUAGUAAUCAUGAUUCAUUUUCUUCAGAUUUUGUGAAACACUGAACAAAACUCGGAGUUUAGGCAUUAAAUCUGGGACUAACUUUGACAUUAGUAGAAACAAUUACUUUUCUUCAACUUUAAAUUUUGCGUAAAACCGACAACAAAAAUCAUUAGUCAAGCCUCAGUUAGUUUUAGCUUUGACAGCUGUAGUAAUGAUGAUUCAUUUUCUUCAGAUUUUGUGAAACACCGAACAAAACUCGGAGUUUAGGCAUUACAUCUGGGAUUAACUUUGACAUAAGUAGAAACGAUUACUUUUCUUUAACUUUAAAUUUUGUGUAAAACCGACAACAACAAGAAUCAUUAGUAAAGCCUAAGUUAGUUUUAGCUUUGACAUCAGUAGUAAUGAUGAUUAAUUUUCUUUAGAUUUUUUUUGUGUAAAACAGAACAAAACUCUGAGUUUAGUCUUUAACUCUGGGAUUAACGUUAACAUCAAUAGAAAGGAUUACUUUUCUUACAAUAAAAUCAUUAGUACUAUAAAAGUGAAAGCUUUAACUUUCAGAUUGAAAGUAAAGUUUUAACUUUGACAUCAGUUGAAACGAUUAAAAUUUAAGUUUUGUGUAAAACUGAUGCAAAAUUGUCAUUUAAAGCUUGAAAUUUGAAAUUAAAGUGAAUGUUUUUAACUUUGACUACAGUAGUAAUGAUUUUUGCCAAAUUUAAAUUUAGUUUGAAAGAGACAUAAACAAUCAUUAGUACUGUCAGUUAAAGCUUUAACUUUGACAUCAGUCAAAACUAUUUUCUUUUAGUAUAAAACACAAAAUUGCCAGAGUUAAAACUCAAAUUCACAGCUUUUGACAGCAAUGGAGAUUCAUUUCUUUUGUUCUAUGUUUCUAUUUUACACAAAAUUUAAACCGUCAAAUACAUACAGCGCAUAUAUUAGACAUAUAGUUGAUACUUUAAAUGGUUUUACUGCCAUUGACGGCGAUCGAUGUCCAAUCCUUUUGGGACUGGGAUGGGCUGACAGCUAUCGUUCGAAUGAGUUAAUCUAGCGGCAAGUUUUUUUUGCCGUCUAGUUUUGCUUUGAAUUCAACGUUGUCGUUGUUAUUCAGUGAAUGACAAGUAAAUCUAGUGGACACGUUUGGACCUAGCCAAGUAUUAUUGCACUUCGCUUUUCGUGGCCGAGCGUCAGAGCCUUUGUUUAUCGUAGGCCAGAACGCACCCGCGACCCGUUUUUGGAGACGAAGCGAGCAAAUAGAAGAAUGUAAUUCAUCCGUCAGGGGAAAUGGCGGCAGAGAAGGUCGAGGAAACCUCUGCCAGGCAAAGGAAGCUUUGCAUCUUAACAAGUCGGCGCUCACGUGCCGACGCCCGCAGUCAUACAUGUAGACUUUAUAUAAUCGGGACACAGCUAAAACGCACAUGUACAUGUUCCCGUUCAUCGGCGUGUGAAGGUGAACGGGCAACGAUACACCGUUGGGGGGGAUGGUAGGGGAUUGUGAGAAAUGGUUCGGUGUGACUUUGAGGAUGUAGUGCGUGGAAAAAGAAUAGAAGGCAGCGAGAGGGCGCGCACACUUUGCCUCGGCGGCGUUCUGUGCGUAUUGACUUUGAGAGCGACAUUUUUAAAACCCAGACCACGUUGCUGCUGAGCUUAAAUGGUAUUGAAGUGAAAGGCCAACGCUAUUCUGCUUCAGUGCAGAGGGAGAGCGGAAAAAAGGUGAAGCUGGUUCUUGUCUCCCGGUUGUCAAGUGGACAUCCAUGAAUGUUCUUUAUUGAUGGCAGGAUUUGGUUGCUAUUUUAAGAUCAGCGCACCCCCUCCAGUCUAAUGUGUUUGUUAUGACAAAAUGGUCAAUUUGAGCACUUUAUCAAGCGGAGCUCCAGUUCUCAUUUCUGACAGAGUUUGAUAUACACUAUUAUUUUUUGGUUGUAUUUAACUGUCAUUUAAAGUCAAAAACGUGGAAAUGGAGUCACUUGUGUCCACUUAAUGUUUUUCUAGACCGAGAUAUGUAAUCAUGUGUUUUGUACCCGAGGACCCUUAACUGUUUUUUUUUUUUUUUCGCGUCCUUUCACCCUCCUAGAGAAUGUGGAGGAAAAUAUAAUUUUUUUUUGUUCUGUAUUUAAAAAGACCUUAUCUAUAUUUUUGUUUUUGCUAACUAUGAAGAUGUAAAUAUAGUUACGUUCAGAUUAUUUGUUUAGUUUCUUACAUGCUGAAGUUAUUUUUGCAAAAAUUAACCUGAAUAUAUGCAAACUGAGAUAAAAAUAAAUACACGUAUUUCAAUGAUGUACAGCGUCCAUAUUUGAAUGUGCAUUGUACCUUGUACAGCAACAGUCAAAUGAGGUGGUUAAGGCUGAGGUUUAAAGAGCUAAAUGUUUACAAAGGAUGAUUCCCGCUAGCUCUAAUCUGAACAAAAAAAAAUCUCCACAUCUGUGCUGUUUUUAACCCGCUGGCUGCCAUUGACAUCGCAGUUCAAACAUCUUGGACGUCUCUCACAGUCCACGGCAGCAAGUGAGUUGGGAUGGAGCUACUUCUAAAAUUAUUUCUAUCGAUUGACCUCUUCUCCCCUCAUGAUAUAGCCAUAUCCCAAACUCCUUAUUUAUGCUGAUCCUCACCCUUGUCAAGUGCAAUGUAAGGCCAUGAUGGAAAAGACCCUGCAAUGGGUUUCUACCUCUCAUCUCCCGGAAUAGCAUCACGGUAUUUUGGUCUCUUCUAAUAGGAAGGAUGAAGGAAAUGAAUGUUGUACUCUUAGUCAGCCCGGGUUGAGAUGGCCUGCACAAGCCCAACUGGGAUACCUGAAUAUUUUAUUGCGCUUAGAAGGACUCCAAAUAAGGUACGCGUAUACCAUUUCGAACGACUGCAUCGUGUGCUCUAAAUAACCCGUUUGAAAUGCACCCCAAACUCUGAAAGUGCAGGCCAUCCUACAAUCAGGGUUGAAGAGAAGACUUUUUCUAUUCUGAUCUUUGCUUAAAUUGUUUUAGUUUGCACUUUGGAAUAUUUCAUGGUUAUAAAAGUUUAUUUUCUAUGUGACAUUCAAAUGUAUAAUUGAAAAGAUGUACAAAUAGCUAUUUCCUUUUUCUGACUGUGAUUUUUAUUUUUUUUCCGAUUUUGUAUCCGAUGUACACCUUGUAGAUGUUGAAGGAGUCUUUCACGAAUGAAACGUAAUGACCUGUUUUCUUGGGAUGGGGCAUUACUACUGCAGUUUCUUAUUGUAUCAGAUUUCUUUUUUAAGUUUGUAAUAAAAUGACCAGUAAGCAUGGAAAAUAA